AUCAUUUCCACGAUGAGGUGGACUUUUCCAGAAUCUGGAAAUUGGACUUGCGCUGUGGAAAUUCCAGACGAUAUUUCCAUGUCGAACUGGAAACGCAUUGCUCAGGUCAUGUUUGGAUAUUUAGCCAUCGAAAGCUCAGGAUCCAGUGCCCCACGAUGAAGCCCACUAAAAAAUGCGCCUCUUCAAUCGUCUCACUAACACCAUGAGCGGCCAAAAAUCGCAAAUUUUCCCCCAAAUCCUGGCCACAACCAUCGUCUCCUGGCUCUCCAUAAUCGUCGGCUACUCCUCCGCCUACUACUCCCCCGCCGAAUCAACAAUGAUCACCGACUUGAACAUGACAAAAAACGAGGCGUCCUGGGUAUGCAGCCUCCUCCCGGUGGGGGCCCUCGUCGGCAGCCUCUCCGGGGGGCCCUCCCUCGACUGGCUCGGCCGCAAGGGCACCCUCAUCCUCACCGACGUGUUUUUCCUAACGGCUUGGUGCAUCAACUAUUUUUCGACAAACUGUUGGACCAUGUACACCAGUCGGAUUUUGAACGGUUUAAGUGUGGGGAUUGCUUCGUUCGCACUCCCGGUAUAUCUAGCCGAGACGCUGGAGCCCGAGAUCAGGGGGCGCCUGGGUCUCUUCCCCACAGCGUUCGGGAAUUUCGGGAUUUUGCUGUGUUUCGUCACGGGGAGUGUGUUCGAGUGGAGGGGACUGGCGGGGAUUGGGGCCCUGCUCACGGUCCCGUUCCUGGGGGCUGUGUGGGUGGUGCCCGAGACGCCCCGCUGGUACAUGUCCAAGAGGCGGGUUCAAAGGGCACAGAGGGCCCUCCAGUGGUUUGGUUACUCGGACAAGGGGUUGCAAGACUUGAACCAGAACAAACCCAAACUGAGAUACUCAAAGUCGCACUUGAAGGUGCUAGGGAUUGUGUUGGGAUUGAUGUUCUUCCAACAGUUCAGUGGGAUUAACGCUGUUAUUUUCUACACAACUCGGAUUUUUCAGGAGGCGGGUUCGUCCCUAAACGCCUCACUUUGUACCGCAAUUAUAGGCUUAGUUAAUUUUAUUUCAACGUUUAUUGCGGCGAUUCUAGUCGAUCGAUUGGGCCGGAAGGCCCUUAUGUACACUUCUAGUGCCGUUAUGGCCCUAAUGUUGGCAGUCCUUGGCCUGUACUUCUACUUGUUGCGGCAAGGAGUGGAGUUGGGGUCGCUUGAGUGGCUCCCACUGUCCUGUUUUAUUUUCUACGUUUUGGGGUUUUCGUUCGGUUGGGGGCCGAUUCCUUGGCUCAUGAUGGGGGAGAUCCUCCCGGCGGUUAUCCGGGGUCAGGCGGCGUCCAUUUCAGCGGCGUUCAACUGGAGUUGCACUUUUAUUAUUACGAAGACGUUUCCGCUUUUUGUCGAUUCAGUUGGCGCACAUUACGCCUUCUGGUUCUUCUGCAUCUUUAUGAUCUGUUCGAUGGUUUUCCUCAAGUUGGCAGUGCCGGAAACGAAGAAGCGGACACUCGAGGACAUUGAGAGAAUAUUGGCUAGUAGUUAAUUAGCAUACUUACCACUUGUACAUAUUCAUCAACAACUGCAAAUAAAUUUGGUGCAACACCA